UACGAUAGUCGCAGUAACAUUUUCUCACAGCAAUUUACAGUCGCUGAUCAAGUCUUUUAAAAAAAGUUUUACGCGAAACUGCGGGUGAGAGUUGAAGGGUCGUGUUUUCAUGUUGACGGUAAACAUGGCGGAGACUGAGCAGUCGUCAGGUCCUUCCCAUGAGGAUGACAAGCCUCCCAAUCCUGUCGAUUUCAACUUCAUGGUGCCAAAGAAGGAGAUCAGCAUGGUGCCUGAUAUGGGCAAGUGGAAAAGAUCACAGGCAUAUGCUGACUACAUAGGAUUCAUUCUGACCCUGAAUGAGGCUGUGAAGGGAAAGAAACUCACAUGUGAAUACCAGGUGUCUGAGACAGUGGAGAAGCUGCUUGAUAUGUUGGGAACAUUAGAUCGCUGGAUCGAUGAGACGCCACCAGUAGAUCAGCCUUCUCGCUUCGGCAAUAAAGCUUACCGCACAUGGUAUGCUAAACUAGACCAGGAGGCGGAGGCUCUGGUCACAGCCGUUCUGCCGUCAGAGCGUCAUGAGGCUGCUCCAGAGAUAGCGGUCUACCUGAAAGAGUCUGUGGGCAACUCCACCAGGAUUGACUAUGGCACAGGUCAUGAAGCAGCAUUUGCUGCGUUCCUCUGCUGUCUUUGUAAGGUGGGAGCUCUGCGCAAGGAGGACCAGCUGGCCAUCAUAUUUAAAGUUUUUUACAAGUAUCUGCAAGUGAUGCGCAAACUGCAGAAGACGUAUAGGAUGGAGCCGGCAGGGAGUCAGGGAGUGUGGGGUCUGGACGACUUUCAGUUCCUACCCUUUAUAUGGGGGAGCUCACAGCUUAUAGACCACCCAACCCUGGAGCCCAGACACUUUGUGGAAGAGAAGGUCGUAAACGAGCACCACCAAGACUACAUUUUUCUGGAUUGCAUUAAAUUCAUCAGUGAGAUGAAAACAGGCCCUUUUGCUGAACACUCGAAUCAGCUUUGGAACAUCAGCGCUGUUCCUAAUUGGUCCAAAGUCAAUCAAGGUCUCAUACGAAUGUAUAAAGCAGAAUGUCUAGAAAAAUUUCCCGUCAUCCAGCAUUUCAAGUUUGGCAGCCUGCUCUCCAUCCAGCCAGUCAAACCAUGAGAGACCAGAAAAAGAAUUUGCACCUCAUCAGAGAGCACCACCAAAACUCCUACUUUGGACGAAACCACUUCAGUUCAAGUUAACAAACCUAAAUAUGCAUUCUCAUCACCAGCGGUGCUUGGUCUUACUCCUGAAGAUCUGCUUUCCUGAAGAGUUCUGUCCCAAACCUGCUUGAAUACAUCCAAGCCUAAAAGAUUUAAGUAAACCUGAAGACCUAGAUCAGGGUAGGCAACGUCGGUUCUGGGAUGCCGAUUUCUUACAAGAGUUUAGCUCCAAUCCUGAAAGAAACCUCAUCUGCCUAUAGCCUUAGUAAUCCUAAAGACCUUAGUUAGCUUGUUCAGGUGUGUUUGAUAAGGUUUGGAGCUAAAGUCUGCAGGACAUCGGCACUCCAGGACCAAUGUUGCCUACCCCUAACCUAGAUUAUCAGGUUCAGGAGUAUUUGAGUUGAGCUGGACUAAACUCUGCAGGACAGUAGAUAUAAACAGCCCUGCUCUUCACAAUCUACUAGUUGUGCAUAUGAAAUCCCACUUCUGAUAUUCCCUUUAAAUGAUGCAAUUAGUCUGAAUGGUUUUAUUUAUCUAUUCCCUGCAAGCAGGAAGUUGUACUACUACUUAGACACCUGCAGUAAGCAUUCGUGAUCCAGUUAUCCACAUACAUUUUCAUCUGGAUUGGCAUUUAUAUAUAUUUAUGUGUAUAUAAAGAAAGAUGAACGUU